AUGGAAAAAGCUUCGCAAGCUGAGGUUUCUCGUCGCACUGCCAACUUCCAUCCUACGGUUUGGGGAAAGCAUUUCCUCACGCAUACUUCUGAAGCCCAGGAAACUGAAGUCGGCAUGGAGGACAAAUUUGAGCAACUGAGAGAACAAGUUGGGAAAAUUCUACAAGCUGAAGCUGACAAGCCUUCGGAAAAAUUGAAAUUAAUUGAUGCAGUGGAGCGCCUCGGCUUAUCUUACCACUUCGAGACUGAGAUUGAGGCUGCACUGCAACGUAUAUAUGAGGAGUGGCAAGAGCUUGAUGAUGACAAAGAAGGUGGUGAUCUAUACACUGUCUCUCUCUGGUUUAGGUUACUCAGACAACAAAGAUAUCCAAUCUCUUCGGGUCCGUCAAAUGUGUUUGAAAGGUUUAAGGAUGGCGAUGGAAACUUUAAGGAAUCCUUAAUUGGUGAUGUACGAGGAAUGUUAAGCCUGUAUGAAGCUGCCCAUCUAGGGAUACGUGGAGAAAAAAUAUUGGAUGAAGCAGUGGACUUUACCACCUCCCACCUUCGAUCUAUGCUGCCCAAUUUAAGCAGUCGUCGUGCAGCUCAGGUACGCCAUGCCCUUAACCAAACUAUUCGAAGGGGCGUACCAAGGUUAGAGGCAAGGUUUUACAUAUCCUUCUAUGAAGCAGAAGACUCGCACGACAAAGUUUUGCUCUCCUUGGCAAAGUUAGACUUCAACCUGUUGCAGAAAAUGCAUCAAAGAGAAUUAAGAGAACUCACAAUGUGGUGGGAGGAUUUAAAAAUUGCAGAGAAGCUGCCUUUUGCACGCGACAGGCUUGUGGAGUGCUACUUCUGGAUAUGGGCAGUCUACUUUGAGCCAAAAUAUUGCUUCGCAAGGAUGAUACUUAGCUCUGUGACUUCCUUGACCUCCCUGUUAGAUGACAUCUAUGACGUCCAUGGGACCUUGGAAGAAAUUACUCUCUUAACCGAAGCAUUUCAGAGGUGGGAAAUGAGUGCCUCGGAUCAACUUCCGGAGUACAUGAAGCCACCGUUUCAAGCAUAUUUGAACCUUUUCAGCGUGGUUGAGAAAGAACUGGCCUUGGAAGGAAGAUCUUACCGUGCAGACUAUGCAAAAUUUGUUAUUAAAGAUCUAGUAAAAGCAUACCUUGAAGAAGCUAAAUGGUUCCAUGAAGGCCGAGUUCCAACUAUGGAAGAGUACAUGAGAGUUGCACUAGUGACAAGUUGCUACAAAAUGCUUGCAACUGUUUCUUACGUCGGCAUGGGAGAAAUCGUUACCAAAGAGACCUUCGAUUGGGUGUGCAGCGAUCCAUUGAUCGUUAGAGCUUCGUCUCUGAUUGCUAGGGUUAUGAAUGACAUAGUCGCGCACAAGUUCGAGCAAGAGAGAGGGCAUCCACCUUCGGCCGUUGAAGUUUACAUGAACGAACACGGGGCAUCAGAGGAAGAGGCUCUCGUGGAACUGCAAAAGCUGAUUACAAAUGCAUGGAAAGACAUAAACGCAGAGUUCUUGCAUCGCCCAACAACAAUCUCCACCCCAAUCCUCAUGCGGAUUCUCAACUUUACGCGUUUUUUAGAUGUUGUGUACAAAGGUGAAGAUCGAUAUACUCACUCUCAAGGAAGCCUUAAAGAUUUCGCCACUUUAGUUUUUGACAAGCCUUUACCAAUAUAA